AUGUCCCCUGCGCAGGUGACAGAUGACAGUGUCCCCGUGUCCCCCGCGCAGGUGACAGAGUACCGUGUCCCUGUCCCCUGUCCCCUGGGCCGCCUGCUCCUGCUCCAGGUGCACAAGGGGCCCUGCGGGGGCCUCCCCGAGAGCGCCUGGUACCUGGAGAGCGUCACCGUGUGGGGACCGCGCGGGGACACCGCCGGGGACACGCCUGGGGACACGCCUGGGGACACGCCUGGGGACACCCCGGACACCUCCGACAGCGAGGACAGCGAUGGGGACAGCGAUGGGGACAGCGAUGGGGACAGCCCGGAGGAGGAGGAGGAGGAGGAGGAAGGUGACAGCGAGGAGGACGAGGGGACGGAGGAGGAGGAGGGGACAGGUGACCUCGAGGGGACAGGUGACACCGAGGGGACAGGUGACGCCGAGGAGGAGCUGGAGGAGCUGGAGGAGGAGGAGCCGGAGGACGGCGCAGGUGACAUCGGCACUGCCAGCGCAGGUGACCCCGAUGACGUCGCUCACCUGGGCCCCUUCCACUUCCCCUGCUACCGCUGGCUGGAGGGGUACGGCACCUGGGAGCUGCCCGAGGGCACAGCCACCACGCCGGCCAUGGAGCGACACCCGCGGCUGCAGCGGCAGCGCCGGCGACACCUGGCCCAGCAGCGGCGGCGCUACAGGCUGGCCCCGUUUGCCCCCGGCCUGCCCUGGGCGCUGCCCCUGGGGACGCCGCUGGACCCCGACCUGAGCUACUCGCUGGCCAAGGCCUCGGCCUUCUACCUGCGCGGGAGCGCCGCGAACCUGCAGGCCAAGCUCCGGGGCUUCCUGGCCCGGCCCAGCUCGUGGCCCAGCGUGGAGGCCAUGACGCGCGUGUUCCGCUGCUUCCACACGCCCGUCACCGAGUACGUGGUGCGGCACUGGCAGGAGGACGCGUUUUUCGGGGAGCAGUUCCUGAGCGGGGUGAACCCCGUCCUGCUGCGCCGCUGCCCCCGCCUGCCCCCCAACUUCCCGGUCACCGAGGCCAUGGUGGCACCCAGCCUGGGGGCUGGCACCUCCCUGCGACAGGAGAUGGAGGCAGGGAACGUGUACCUGGCCGAUUACGGGGUGCUGCGGGGGCUCCCCACGGCGCUCAUCGACGGCCGCCCCACCUUCGUGGCCGCCCCGCUGUGCCUGCUGCACCAGCGCCCCGACGGCGAGCUGCUGCCCCUCGCCAUCCAGCUGUCCCAGGAUCCCGGCCCCGAGGCGCCGGUGUUCGUGCCGCAGGACCCGCCGUGGCUCUGGGCGCUGGCCAAGGCCUGGCUGUCCCAGGAGCCCGGCCCCGAGUCGCCGAUGUUCGUACCCCAGGACCCGCCGUGGCUCUGGGCGCUGGCCAAGGCCUGGGUGCCUCUGUCCCAGGAUUCCGGCCCCGAGUCGCCGGUGUUCGUGCCGCAGGACCCGCCGUGGCUCUGGGCGCUGGCCAAGGCCUGGGUGCCCUGGGAGGAUUUGGGUCCCUCUGCAACCACGAAAACUUGA